UCUAUUCUAUCCUUUUUUUCUUUCAUAAAGAAUGCCUGAGGAGGAAGUGAUGCAAGACGUUGAAGGAGUUGUAGGGGAGGAGGAGGAGAAGGAAGAAAGCAAGAUAUUGAACCUGAAGGUCCUCGCUGUUAUCAGAGAAGCUCAGCAGAAACAUGGACUCCGUCACGCAGAUUAUCAGAGAUACAGAGGAUACUGCUCCAGGAGAAUUAGACGACUCAGAAAGGCAAUGGGGUUGAUUCAAGGAGAAAAGAAAAAGUUCAACAAGAAGGAUGUUACUGAAUCUCUUCUCAAGGACGCCAAGCAUCUCCAUAUUCCCCUCGUGACGGCGGAGCGAGCCUGGGCGUAUUAUAUGCAACUUAAGUUCGAGGCGAAUGCCGAGCCGAGGAAGAAAUUCCACAUGAUAAAUCGUUUGCGCAAAGCAAGAAAAUACGCCGAGCAACUUGACGCAAUUUGUGCAGAUUCCUCUCUGGUUGACGCUAGAACUAAACUGGAAACAAAGGCGUAUCACUGCUGGUUGACCGGAACUCUAUACUUUGAGACCUCCAGGUGGGCUGAAGCUCAAGGGAUGCUGACUCAGGCUAAAACCAUUUAUGAUUCGUUGAGCCAGGCGGUGGGAGAGGAGGAGGGAAGUCUCUUCAAGCAGAAGAUGGAUGAAAUUACUCCAAGUCUUAGAUAUUGCGCUUACAACAUUGGAGAUACUAGUGCCAAGGAGGAUUUGAUAUCCAUGAGAGGAGGAACGGUUGGAAUGGAGUUGGAUACUCUAAUAUCUCAAACCCGAGAGCAGCAGGCUGCAACCCUGCAGGAUGUUGAGUGGCGAGGACGGAAGAUGGCGGUGAAACAGGAGAAGGUUCGGAUCUUCCUUCUCUCCUACCAGGAGAGCGAUGAGGAGCUGACGAAGGCUCGGGAUUCAGGAGCAAAGCUUGCAGUUUAUGAGGAUCUUCUUCUGCAGUGUAAGGAUGCGCUUCAAGCUCUCCGUGAAGAUCUAGUUGAAGAUCCCGAGUUUAGAACCAGACAGCAGCAGAGCUCUGGCAAGGUUGGGUCUCAGCAUUUUCUCUAUACAUAUCUCCAGUAUACAAGGCACAGUAUAACCUUAAGUAGGAACUCAGUUCUCCUGGAGUCUAUGAGGGCUCAGCUGGAAGGACGGGAGAAACCAACUGACGGAAAGAAGAUUGUAAAGCCCCAGGAUGUUGUGAGGAUGUACGAGAAUAUUAUCCAGAGUUUGAACGAGAUCACUACCCUGGCUGGGUUGGAGGAGGAUGAGACGAUGAAGCAGAGCAACCAGCUCAAGAUCACCUACUAUCGUGCCUUUAGAUCGUUUUACAUGGCUAAAGCUUUCAUUUUUGCUCAAAAAUGGGCGGAAGCUAUGGCGAUCUUUCAGAAAACUCAAGAAUACAUUUCCAAGACUAAGACGGACAAGAGUUUGGAGAAAGAUCAGGUUCAGCUCCUGGCCGUCCUGGAGAAACUAGUUGAAGAAAACCAGUUUGUAGCUCAUGCAAACUCAAUCCUUGAAACUGAAGAGAUUACAGAUAAGGUUGCAGAGUUGGACGUGAACACGAAGGUUCCUCUCAUAGAUCGAUUGGAUCAGUACUAUGAGGAUCCUGAUGUCGCAAAGGGAAAAUCCGCGUUGGUGCAUUUCCCACCCGAGUUCGAAUCCAUCCCUUGUAAACCCUUGUUCUUCGAUCUUGCGAUCAACCACCUCGAGAUGCCGGCCUUGGAGUCCAAGAUUGGAGGACAAGAAGACGGCCAGAAGGCCGGGCUCGGAGGCUGGCUCUUUGGUUGGGGAAAUAAAUAAUUGUUUUGUUAUAAUAAAAUUUGAUUAAUCCAUGGUUCAGGCUUUUAUUAUUGUUUUUCAGAA